AGAGAAAUCCGUAAAGAGAUAGAUGAAAUUGACUCUUUUCGAAGGGCGUCGGUUUCAGUUCGUUCAUUCGUUUUAAUAGGAAAAAAAAAUAUUUAUAUAAAUAUACAUAUAAAUCGUAGCUUAUAAUAAUAUCUCGAGUUGACAUUAUAAGGUUUAAUAUAUUGCGUGGUGUAUGAGAAGAAGCGUUAAGUUACACGACAUCUGGCCUUUAACACCCAAGAGCUUGAAAGUAAGUUAGUGGAUAAUAGACUAGUCGAAGAUGAACGCCGCAUUGCAUCAAGAUUUGCGAUUUUUCAUGGAAUAAAAUAUUCGAUUUCUAAUAUUCAAACCAUUUUCUUAUAAAUUAUAAAGUUGCAAAACACAUACAAUCCAUAGAAUUAGUGUUUGCAUAUGGAAUAUAAAGAGUUUCAGCUGAUUGAAAUUGAUUACUAAAAUUUUGAUUUCUCUUUCUUCUAAUUUAAAUAAAAUAUUCAUUAAUUAGAUAAGGGUAAUUAAUUCAUCCUGCUUCAGUAUAUAUGUAUAUAAAUAUACAAUAAUAAUACAAAAUAAUUAUCUAAUUUCUACUUCCUAAAUAGAUUUCUCAUAUGGUUUUUGGUAUUGGAAGCAUCAUUGAUAGGUUUUUAUUUACAUUAAAGUGAAAAUCAAUAGUUUGUUGCAAAUAUCUUACAUUUUUGCAUCGUGCCGGAUUGAUUUUUCGGAAAGUAAAGUGUUUCGGUCUGUUCGGUAUCAAAUUAUGCUUUAAUUAGGAUGCGAAUUCUUUUAAUUUCUAUGAGGACCGAAUGUUUUCGAACGAGAUAAAAAUGGUCAGUCGUUCAAUUUAAACCGAGGAGAGAAGCAAUCGCACUGAUGUUUUAGUGUUUAACCUAUUAUAUUCCUGGAAGAUAAUUUUUUAAUCACAAUUUAAAUUGUGAUUUAAAAAAACUGAAGAGGAUUCAGUUUUAUUUCAUUUUCUGCCAUCACGGAUCAUAAUCAAAGAACUCUUAUUGUUCAAAAUUUUCAGAAUCUAAGUUUGCAAGAACAAGAUAGAUUUCAAACUGAUUCAAGAUUGCAGCUUUCUACUAGUAAUAUGCCUCCACAGCGCCGCAGGCGUACCGAUCUAACAGAAGAAGAAAUGAAACCUACUAACAAACGUCAAUGUACACACAGCAGCGUAAGAAGAUCAAGAACAAAUGAACAGUUGGAUCAAAGCUAUUCAACUAAGAGAUGCAUGGCCUUAUUCCAAGAAUAUGCAUCUGCCGACGAUCCGGAAACCGUUGGCCCGGAAGGUAUGGAGAAGUUUUGCGAAGAUAUCGGAGUGGAACCGGAAAAUAUUGUUAUGCUGGUGUUAGCUUGGAAGAUGGAUGCAAAGCAAAUGGGUUUCUUUUCGGCAUCAGAAUGGUUAAAAGGGCUUUCAAAUUUACAAUGUGAUACAGUGCAGAAAAUUCAGGGAAAAUUAGACUACCUCCGUUCUUUGCUCAAUGAACCAGUCACAUUCAAGAACAUAUAUAGAUAUGCUUAUGAUUUUGCUAGACAAUCUAAAUAUAAAGUAAUAAAUAAAGAUCAGUGGUGUAACGUUUUGGAAUUUAGUAGAACAAUUAAUUCAGAUUUAAGUAAUUACGACGAAGACGGUGCUUGGCCAGUUUUACUAGAUGAAUUUGUGGAAUGGUUAAAAGCCAAAAGAAAUUUGGGACAAGAUUAAAUUAAAACAAAAAAAUUUUCUUAUGUACAUGUGUGUGCAUGUUUGUAUGUGUGUGCACGUGCAUGUCGACUACCUGAUUUCAUUUGUAUUUAAAGCAGCAUAGUGCCAAAUGCCAGCGUCGCCACGGAUGAUAUCUCGGCAUUGCCUCUCCCAUCUCUUACGGACUGAAUGCGUUGCCGGUCACGACGUGUCGGGCCGAAAUUUUAAAGGAAUGGGAAUUGCAGUUCUUCAGCUCAGGACAUUUAAAAAAAAAAAAAAAGAAAAGAAACAAGUGAUUGAAUAACACGAACAAUAAUAA